CAAGCUUUCAUGUCGCGUUAGCAGAGGGCUUAUGUAUCGCUGACUGGGGGCGUAGGCAGUGGUGCUUUUGUGUAGAGCUCUGAUCAUUGUUUGUCUGGAUGGAUUCUCGUCAGUUGCUGCUGAACUGAUGUUGGUAGUUGGGCUGGUACUUUGGAGUAUCAGGACAGUCCUGUGCUGCAAAUCUUGCACGAUUUAGCCCGCUGCCAUUUAGUAGGAAGCCGAUGCCCGUACCCUUGUGUAGUUUCUGAAUUUUGGUGGGAGUCUUUCAGUCGGCACCCGGCACUGAGCUGCAGACCUUCUUUUCUUUUUCUUGCUUUGGCCCUGUGGGACACAAGUAUUAAUGUUUUGGUUCUGAAUUUUAAGCAUUUUCCUUUCUGGCAACAAUUUUGCAUUCUACAUUCUCACAAUAUUCAUUCACCUCAAAAGAUACUAAUCAGAGAUGUUCCUUAUGCAGCAAUGGCUGCGAAAGCUGGGAAUUCUGUGGGUGGUGUUCUUCCCCAUCCCCACGUGAUUGGAAAUGUAUUUGCCCAACACUACUACAAAAUUCUGAAUGAGUCACCAGAGGAUGUCCAUAAGUUCUACCAUGAUCAAAGUAUUCUUGGUCGGAAGCCAAAUUCUGAUGGUACAUUGACAUCUAUAACCACAUUGCGUGAUAUCAAUAAACACUUUGUAUCUACAUACCUCAAGGGAUGUUCGAUGGAGAUAGACAAUGUAGAUUCUCAGCCAUCCCACGAGGGCGGUGUGCUCGUUUUAGUUAGUGGGUCCUUCACUGUCCCUGAUGCCAUGAAGCGUAGGUUUACUCAGUCGUUCUUCCUUGCUCCACAAAAAGGAGGCUAUUUUGUUCUGAAUGAUGUGCUUAGAUACAUUCCAGUUGAGCCAGAAACACCACCUGUCAAGGUUACAGUGCUUCCGUUGAUGGAUUAUUUCUGGGUAUGAUGAUAUCGCCGGUGAAGUCAUGAAUCAAUCUACAGAAAGUACCUCCAUCAGCAAUGAAGUCAUGAAUGACAGAUAGUCACGUCUCGGCAGUGCACUACUAGCUUUCUUACAGAAUGCAAGUUUAUCCAUCUAUAGAUUAUGUUUGCUUUUGCAACAAAUGGGUGCGAAAAGUUUAACAUUUGCGAAUGCCUUAGCAUUGUACAUACAUUAUGACUUGUUAAAAGGGGAGAAAACAUCAGACAAGUAUACAACUGAAUAUAUCUAUUAUAUGCA